AUGGACGACAUGAGGAUGAGGUACAGAAGUGUGAUACGCACUGUCGUCCCAACUCAAGUCGGAAAUGUGAUAACUCAUCAGCUGACGGCUGGUGAGACCAAAUUGUCAAGGCAGGACCUAUCUGCAGAUGUCAUUAUGGCUGAAGGAUAUGAGGCCUUUGUUUCAUGCAAUCGCUCUUCAAAAGGUCGUGGAGCAUACUCGGGUGUUGCAACGUUUUGCCGAGUAACAUCAUCAUUUUCCAGUCAGGAGGUUGCUUUGCCAGUAGCAGCUGAAGAAGGCUUUACUGGACUUCAGGACUAUGCAAAAAAUAGUGAAACUGUUGGGGAUUUCAUUAUUGCAAUGCCUGUCGAGGAGGAAGGUCUUGGUGAAAUCACAAGAGAGGACCUCCUAAGGGUGGACAAUGAGGGGCGGUGCAUCAUCACUGAUCAUGGGCAUUUUGUUCUUUUCAACAUAUAUGGCCCAGCUGUUGAAGAAGAUGACAAAGAGCGGGUUCGUUUUAAGCUACUGUUUUACAAGAUACUGCAGAAAAGAUGGGAACAUCUAUUGGCUCUUGGAAAGAGAGUCUUUGUUGUUGGUGAUUUGAAUAUUGCUCCUGCUUCUAUAGACAGGUGUGACGCGCCACCUGGCUUUGAGAAGCAAAAUGUUCCGAGAAUGGCUGAGAUCCAUGCUGAGAGAACACGGAGGUCCCUUUUUGAUGCUUUUAAAUCAAAACACCCUGAAAGGUGGAAAGGGGGAAGAAGUAGUAAGCUAGAAGGAUCUGAUCAUAUUCCAGUUUAUAUUUUACUGAAAGAAAUACCUGAACUUCCAGUUCAGCUGCAAGAUAUCUUCCAGAGGUCUGUGGAUGGCAACAAAGUAUUGUUUCAUCAGAGCUCAUUAGCUCGUGAAGUUGUAUCAUUCCUUGGUAAAGGAAAAUUUAUGAGCUGCAAAAUGCUGCAAAAUAUGAUUCAGUCCGAAGAUACAGUAGUCGGUAGCUACUGUAGUGAUGGCUUGGAGAAUACAAUUAUAGCUAAGGAAGGACUGACAACUGGUAUAACUGAGUUUGCAAAAGGUCAUAACCUUCCUAGUUUGAUGUGCAAGGGACAAAUCUUGAUCAAUGGACAAAUGAAGUGCACAACGUCAGCUGCAAAAGAUCAGGAUAAUACAAAUGUAUCAUCCUGUUCACUUUCAACAGACAAGUCUAAUGCUGCAGCAUUAGAGUGGCAGAGAAUACAACAAAAGAUGAAGAUGACGCUACCAGGUUGCAAAGGGCAUAGUGAACCAUGCAUUCCGAGAUCUGUGAAGAAGGGCCCUAAUAUAGGCCGUUUGUUCUAUGUUUGUGCUCGUGCUCAAGUACACAUGUACUCACAAUUUCCUGCUUAG